UUAUUUCAUAUACCUUUAAGUCAUAUUCACCUUGAUCCUGGGUAUAUUUUACACUUGAGUGAAAAUAAUUUUAAGCAAAUUUAAACCCCACUUCACUACUUUUAAAUACAAAAGGAGUUGCAAAAUGGGAUAAUCACCAAAUGAGAAUUGUGAUAAAGGACAUACCGGCCUAGAGAUUUACAAUACAAUAGUUGACCCGACAGAAAUAUAAACACCAUUCAGAUUGGAUCGAACUCUAGAGUAUUGCAGUAUCAAUGGGACACCGGUAGAUCAAUAAUAUGUUGUAUUUGACAAAUGUUUUGAUGGAUUACUGCAUCAAAUCGUCACAAUAGUGAGGAAUUAAGAAGACAAUGACACUAGAAUGAACAAUACUUGUCAAAAAUGUGGUAAACCAGUAUAUUUCGCGGAAAGAAAAACCUCUUUAGGAAAGAAUUGGCAUCCGAACUGUUUAAGAUGUGAAGAAUGCGGCAAAAUAUUGUCCGCUGGUCAACAUGCUGAGCACGAUAGAAAGCCAUACUGUCACAAGCCGUGCUAUGCAGCAUUAUUUGGACCUCGGAUGAUGGGAUAUGGAUACGCAUCACCUGCAAACUUCAGAAAAAGUGCCGCAUUAGAAAAUAUAACUGGGAGUAUUUACAACGGACACGACGGAGGUUCACCAGUUAUGGUUUAUGAAUUUGGAAAUAGCAAAAAUGAUAUAAACAUUACUCCACUUCCCAAAAGAACGCAUGUGAACAAAAUAGACAGGCCAAAAUCUCAGCCUCCAAUGAAAUUAAAAACUAUUCCAUCGAAAGAACAAGAAGUAUUGAACAAGAUAAAAACCUACAAUGAAUUCUACCAAGAGAAAGGAAAGAAAAGACAAUCUGUGUCAGCUUCUACUGACAACAAUAACCUAGUCAUUAGAGGUCCCGUGACGAUUCUAUGGGGAGUUAAAAAACCAAUCAGAUUCCAGCAUUGUGAUGAUGUGCCCCCAGAGCGCCCGCCUGUAAAUCAUCGACACAGCUUCAUGCCAGAAUCUGAUGUUAAAAUUCCCACCGAUAUGAAGGCAAUCAGAGAGUCUACUAGUUCACCUUUGCGUAAAAUUACAAUUGAUGACAGCAUGGUACAGUCACCAACAGAAAUAGAGGGAGUUACUAUGCGACGGAGACCUGUUAAAAAGUUCAAUACAGUAGCAUACAGAGGUGAUAAAAGACCAGAAAAAUGGAAACGAGCAUCAAUAAAUGGUCAUAUAUACAGUUAUGAAACUUGUGUGUUUACUCCUAGUUUAGGCAGUAGUACAAGUGUGACUGUUGACAGUACAACCACUACACCUAAAGUUAUCAAAGCUCUGCUGGAUAAGUUUAAGGUUGAAAAUUCACCAAAUGAAUAUGCUUUGUAUAUAGUUGAUGAAGAAAACAGUGAAAGAAUACUCAGGGAUACAGACAUUCCAUUGUUAGAGAGAAUUAGUUUAGGGCCAGAUGAAGUAUCUGGUGCUAAGUUAUUAUUACGUGAUCGUGUGGAGAGAAAACAAUCAUUACUUGACACACCUAUAUUCGAAGUGUCACCGGCAGAAGAAGAAUCAAAAGAGCAAGAAGAUUUUGUGAAAUUACCAGAUGAGAUAGAAACAUUAAUAGCUUUACCUGAACCAGUGCUGAGAGGCAUUUUAUCAAAAUUUAAACAAGAUGAAGAUGAUGAUGUCCAUCAGUUGAAAUCAAGAUUUGAAUUAGCAAGAAGGAGGCUCAAAGAACAAAUGAAAUCGCUAUCUGAGAAAACGUGAAGUGAAAUAUUUAAAAUAACAGUGAGGCAUAGAACUUUUAUGCAGUAACAAGUUGCACUAACAGAAAAGAGAAAUAGUCCUACUUGAGAAUGAUUAAGCUUUAGUGCCAUGGUAUUAUUGAAUAGUUGUUCUCAACAUGAUGGUAACUUAAAUGGACAUUUGACAUGCUCAUGAUGAUUUUAACACUGGAUGUAUCCAAUAUUUUACCAGUAUUAGGCAUCCUAUCGAACUGCUGUUACCUUGCAAAUGCACAAUCUUCAUAUUAUCCAGUGCUGGAUUGUAAAAUAAUGGUUAUGUUGGCAUGUAAAAGCUAAUUAAUAUUAUAUAUAUCAUCAGAUCAACUGUUUAAGUAUACAAUCAAUGUACAAUGUUGUAUUUCUUUCAUUAUUUCCAUAUACAAAUAAUUUAACAUAAUUAUUUUUGUGGAUAUAGUUGAAUUGAUAUGGGCUUUUUUUAAGCUGUUACUUCAAUUUUUCUCUUAAAAUAUAUGUCCACUACAUUCAACUUUCCUUACUGACUUAAUUAUAUGAUCAUUUUAUCUAAAGCAGUUGUGUAUUUAGUUUAUUCAUAAUUAAAACAAUACAUGUAUACUUCUUUUUUGAAAUCACUUUUUAAUGAAUAUUCAACGAUUUUAUUUGUUGUGUUAUAGAUACCUGAUCUUACUAAAUGCUUUAAUCGCUGGUCUCAGGUAAAAAUAUCUUUUUUUGUAACAACAUGCUUCUCUGUACAAUGCUUAAAAGGCAUUUUUUUUUGUAUUCGUACAUAUCACAUUUUUAUAACAACAAAAUCAUAUUCCGUAUCCAUGAAUUCCAUGUUUAUAAUACUAAGUGGGUUUUAUAGCUUUAAUGGUAAAAAUCUAGUCUAUAUUACCUUGCAUUUAAAUAUAUAUAAUAAAACAUUGCUUUUAAUUAUAUAUCUUAUUAGUUAAAAGUGACUUGGUAUGAAAGAGGGUGUGGAUUGGGGUUUACAGAAUAGAGAAUAAUGGGAAUAGAGAAAUAUAGACCAACAAAAUAAAGAAUAGAGAAAAAUGAGGUGCUAAAAUAUAAAGAAUCAAGAAUAAUGGGUAAAAAGUAUAAAGAAUAGAGAAAAAUGGCCUAAAAAAUUAAAGAAUGCAGAAAUGAAGGACCCCCAUCCAUACCCUCAUGAAAGCUACCCAAACCAUUUUUAUAUUGUCUUGAUUUAAAGGUAUUUCAAGAUGAUUAUUUAGACACAUUUUAUUUUUUUUAUGUAUAAAAAAUAUACAAAGGAUAUAAAUAUUGGAUAAAUUUUGGUGGCACCAAAUACAAGUUAUUCUUAGAAGAAGUUCUUAUGUAAUGCUUUGUAUAAGUAAAUAGUUUUCAUCAAGCAAAACAUUAAUGCUGUCAUGUCGAUGGAGUGUACAUUUGUAGAAAACAUGAUUUUUUUAAAACUGUGCCUUCUUUCUCUGUGGUUGUGAAAUCUUUUUUUUCUCGCAAUUCAUGUUUUUUAUCAUUUGUUCAUUUGGUCUACAAUAAACUUGUUUUAAUAUUGUAUAUUUUUUUCAUACCCUGUUCAAAAGGAGAGAGAGGAGUUCUGGUUUACCUCUUUCCGUCUGUGUCAAUACACAUUUCAUUUACAUUUUUACAGCAACUACAAGUCGUAGCUUCUUGAUAUAUCACCAAGCUUCAUUGGUUAUUCAAUACUGUGUGACAUACUAUCAGUUACUUUCAGUUACUUUAAUGUUAUUAUAUACUUCCUGUUUGCUGAAAACUAGAAUAAACAACACCAAGCUUUGGUAUAAUUAGUUAGCAAUAGCUCACAGUGCAUCUUGUUAUUUUUUAAUUAUACCAGUUUUUUUUAUUUUCAAAUUGCGACGAUGAAUUAUUUUUGUUGGCUGAAAGGAAUUAUAGAAUUAGUUAUUUAAAUGUUUUUAAUUGUGCCAAGAUUUGCCAAGGAAGAUGCCAUUUUUUUUUUACUUUUAUGGAAUAUUAAUCAUUAAAAAUACUUGAAUUCAUGAAUUUAUACUGUAGUUAUGUAGUCUAAAUAGGAAAAUCUUCAUAUGGAAAAUUUUUUACUUGUUGUUUAUAUCAAAUGAUGAAAAUACUAACUUAUAUGUGCCAAUUAAUUUUUAUAUACUGAUUAUUAUAUCGUGUAUUUUGUUUGUUUGUGCAUUUACAACUUUAAAAGUUAAAUCAUAAUGAAAUGUUUACCUCGGCUUUACCUAGUUAAUGACUGUUUCGGUUGCUUUACUGCAUUUAGCAAAUCAUUAGAAUUAAACGUUAAAUUGUAAUCAAUAUGAAAGACAGCAGUUACAACCAAAAUAGGAUGUUAUUUUUGUAUAAAGCAAAUUAUUAUUUAACUUUUGGUCUGAGGCAACAAGGUCUCUCUUUACUUUUUAAACCUCUGGAUCAAUUUUAAGGAAUUAUGACUCAAGUAAUCUUUUGCCAUUCCAUGUAAAUGUUCCUUAAGAUUAAAAUUUUCAAUUUUUGUCUAAUUAUGUGGACCUAAUUAAUCAUGAAGCUGAAGUAAAGCUGAGGGUAAAUUUUAUUAUGUGCAUUUAUGUAUAUAAACAUUAUACGUACUACUCAUCCAUAUAAUCCUCGGAAUGUUAUACUGAUGUAGUUCUGUUUUUUUUUAUUUAGUUGUGUGAUAAGACCAGACAUUCCAUUUGUUAGCUGUAGUGUUUAAGAAUAUUUUUUCAGUUUUCACAUCUUCCCAAAUAAACGUGUGAAUCAAAUUGAUUUGUUAUUGGUCCUCUCAAACUAGCAGUUUUAAACUUUUUUUUAAUAAGGUUUAUUAAUUUUUGAUAAAUAUUUACUGAUAGACAAUUUAGAAAAGAGGAACUACUUUGCUUUGCAUAUUUUAAUUUUUGAAAUAUUGUGAAGUCUGUAUUUGUAAAAAAAAAAUAUAAAUAAUUGUUCUUCUGAAGAUAGUUUACACCAGUAGACAUUGAGGUAGAUGGAAAUUUGAAGUUGGAACAAUACAUUUGUUUUUUGGGAAAAGUUUACCAAUUUGCAAGGUUUUUAUUAAAGUUUCAGUAACACAGCAAACUAAGGACUAUCAACUUCAAAUAUUGUUAAAAAGACUUUUCAUUUACCUGUUAAACUAUUAGAACAGUUUGGUUUUUUUCCGUCCUUUGUUAUCUCCCCUCAAAACACCUCUUUUAUUGUUUGUGUUGUUUAUAUUUCAUGAUUUCACGAUUGUCAUAUCAAUAUCAGAAAUUGCAAAAUAAAACAUUUAAAUAUGUAUUUAAUAUAAUUUUUGCAUUUCAGUUCUUAUAUUUACUUGAGAUAUCUUUCACUGUUGCAUGUAAUGAGAAUUCAUUCAGUUAUGUCAGCUGUUUAAUCAAAAUGAUAUUUUAAUUAUUUGCAUCUAUGUGUAAGAUUAUAUAUGCAUUUAUUAAUAAUUAUAUAUUGAAGUAUUAAUUACUUUUAUGCUGGGACUAUUAUGCUAUUAGUAUAAUAGUCCCAGUUUUAUGACACUUCACCAAAAUUAAAACUAAUUAUGAAAUUAUACAAAAUAAAGAAAAGUUAUUGACUUGAAAUAUAGUAUACUUCAGGGACUUAAUUAUUCCUUACCAUAAAAUCAUCAAAAUAUCUGACAUGCAUAAGAUGUUCAUGUCAUUGUAAAAAUCAAAGUCUGGGGAUGCUAUGUGUUUACUAGAAAUCAAUUUGUUUUUAAAUAUUGCAUAUGGAAAAUAAAAUAAUAUGAAGUUGAUUUACAUAAUUAAAAUUCUCAUGGAAUCCUAGAUAUUCAAUUUAUCAAGAGAUCAGAACUUUUUUUUUGUUUUUCUUAGUCUAAUCACUUGCUGGAAGAUCUCUGGCAAUAAACUUUAAUACUUACACCUUACAACCAGAUCAUAAUGGACAAUUAGAUUUGACUUUAGAUGUACUCUUUGAUAUUAAUCAAUAAAUGCUAUUUUGACUUUUUUGGUCAUUGUGCUUCAGACUUAAGGUCAAAAUGACUUUACGUAGUUGAUUUUUUUAAGGACAAAAUUUUUAAAGUUUUAUUGUGCAUUUACGUAUGUUAAAAAUUUUUGCUAAAGUAAAAAUAAAUUGACUAAUACAAGUUUAUGCUUUUGAGCUUAUAUUAAACAAAUAGUCUGAUUUCUUCUUUCCUUAAAAUUUUCAGUUUUUGCACAUAUUAUUUGUUAAAGUUGUCUGUGUAGACAAUUUAUAAGUUGCCAUAUGAAAUGUUUUUGUAUGUGUGUUAAGAUUUGUUAUGGAAACUGCUGUUGAUUUUAAUCAGUUGAUUUAAGUAUUUAAACUGUUAAUCAGGAUGCAAUAAACUGGUGUAAAUCUCAUUUAUACAUUGUUUUGAAAAAUAUUAAAUAAAAUUAUAGUAAAAUA